CAUCGAUCCUACAACUCACAGAGAGACCUGGCAAGCUAGCUAGAUCACGAUGGCUUCCUCUCCCUCGGCUGCUCGUCUCCUGCUCCUCGUCGCAGCAGCUCUGGUGUUGAGCUCCGUGUCCGCCGCCGCUGGUGCUGGUGGCUCGCCGCCGCUGGCCAAGGGCCUGUCGUUCGAGUUCUACCGCGCCAGGUGCCCGCAGGCGGAGGCCAUCGUCUUCGCCUUCCUCAAGGACGCCAUCCGCAAGGACGUCGGCCUCGCCGCCGCGCUCCUCCGCAUCCACUUCCACGACUGCUUCGUGCAGGGCUGCGAUGGCUCCGUGCUCCUUGACAGGACCAACGGCAUCGACAGCGAGAAGGUGUCUCCCCCGAACGUCACGCUGCGUCCGUCGGCGUUCAAGGCCAUCAACGCCAUCCGCGCGCUCCUCCAGAAGGCGUGCGGCGGGCCCGUCGUAUCGUGCGCCGACAUCGCCGCGCUCGCCGCCCGCGACUCCGUCCAGCUAGCUGGCGGGCCAAGGUACGCCGUCCCGCUAGGCCGCCGCGAUGGGCUUGCCCCCGCGUCCCUGGACACCAUCUUGGGCGCGCUCCCGCCGCCGACCUCCAAGGUCCCUGUGCUCCUCAGCUUCCUCGCCAAGAUUGGCCUCAACGCCGACGACCUGGUGGCGCUCUCCGGCGCGCACACGCUGGGGAUCGCGCACUGCGGCUCCUUCGAGGAGCGGCUGUUCCCCAAGGACGACCCCACCAUGGACAAGUUUUUCGCCGGCCACCUCAAGCUCACUUGCCCGCGGCUCAAGGUGGACAACUUCACCGCCAACGACAUCCGCACGCCGGACGUGUUCGACAACAAGUUCUACGUCGACCUGCUCAACCGGCAGGGCCUCUUCACCUCCGACCAGGACCUGCACACCGACGCCAAGACCAAGCCCAUGGUCACCAGGUUCGCCGUCGACCAAGCCGCCUUCUUCGACCAGUUCGUCAAGUCCAUGGUGAAAAUGGGGCAGAUCAACGUGCUCACUGGCAACCAGGGCCAGAUCCGCACGGACUGCUCCGUGCCCAACGCCGCCCGCAGCGCCGGUGACGAGCUGCCGUGGUCCGUCGUCGAGACCGCCGUUGAGACUUUAGUGUUGUAGGUAGUAGAGUUUAGUCCAUGGAUGGAUCUCAAGCUUGUUUUAUGUUUUGGCAAGGUUUGGACUUUGGAAGUCAGAGUGCAUGCGUGUUUAGUUUGUUGAGCAAGACCGAACCAGUUGAGUAAUAAGGACUUGUUUUGUAU